CGCGGCGUGCGUUUGAUUUCUCUAGCUCUUGCCCCAAAAUUCUUACAAUACCAGGGCUGUAUCUAUUGUUUUCAAACGUAAUUGCGCCAAGGGUGAUUCACUCGGGUGUACUCGCUCUUGCCACUUUUCUCGCAUCGGCCGAUACUAGUUGCGUAAUAAGUAUACAAACAGACAGACGCUCAUAGUGCAGAUAAGAUAUAGAUAAGAUAGAACGGGAAAAAAAAAAUUUUUUUUAAAUAAUAAUAAUAAUAAAUAAAAGAUACGAGCCAACGCAAUGCCGCUGCACGCAAAGCUCCGGCAGUUGGUUAAUUUAGCCGACAAGAGCACGAGCUGGAUCUCUGGGCUAAGCACCGGCAACCGAAAUCAUUUCUCAACCACUGGUACCGCCAACAUGAGGUUCGUGCAGUUUGUCAACAAAAACGGGGGACCCCAGCAACUCGGCGUCCAGCUGAAACAGGGCGGCGACAUCGUCUCCAUUUCCGUCCUGAAUUCACGAAUACCCAACUCGUUGAAGAAGUUCCUCGAGGGCGGUGAAGAGUUUCUGAAAAAAGCCCGAAGGGCAAUGGUGGAAGCUCGCAGCGUAAUACCCGAGCAGGACGUGACAUUUUUGCCGCCAAUCACGCGCAUGGACAAGCUCGCCUGCGUCGGUCUGAAUUACAGCGGCCACUGCCAGGAGCAGAACGUCCCGCAGCCGGAGACGCCUGUGAUCUUCAACAAGUUCCCCAGCACCGUCAUUGGGCCCUACGACGACAUCCAUCUGCCUACCAUUUCCGAUAAAGUCGACUGGGAAGCCGAGCUAGCGAUCGUGAUCGGGAAAAAGUGCAAGGGUCUGAACAACGACGAGGCCGAGGAGUGCAUAUUCGGGUACACGGUGGCGCAAGACCUGUCGGCCCGCGACUGGCAGAAGGGCAAGCGCAACGGCGGCCAGUGGAUCCUCGGCAAGGCCAUGGACAACUUCUGCCCGAUAGGUCCGGCCGUCGUGCUCAAGGAGUCGAUCGCGGACAUCAAAAACCUGUCCGUCAAGUGCUGGGUCAACGGCCAGCUCAAACAACAGGGCAACACCUCCGAGCUGAUAUUCAAGCCCCACGACAUCGUCGCCUACCUCUCCCAGUUUAUAACUCUGCUGCCGGGUGACGUUAUUUUGACCGGUACUCCGGCGGGAGUUGGCUUCACGCGGAACCCACCAGAGUUUCUCAAGAAGGGAGACGUCGUGGAGACCGAAAUCGAGAGCAUCGGGCGCUUGAGGAACAACGUUCUCUGAUGUAUCGAGAGUGGCUCGGUGCACGAGGAAUCGAUCGGUUCGAGAGAGCAAGUUUCGGUUCGUGUUGGGAACCAUUGACUUGUACGCGCGUAUAGGAGGCAGGAACGGUACUUUUGAUAAAAAAGGUACUGCAAGAAGAGAGAGACACUUUUUUUCAUCGUCCCUUUGGGAUUUUCGUCAACUGAAACACUCAUCGUCAUUUUUACCAUUGAAGCUGGGGUAGACGAGAACGAUCCUCAUGGCCAGGAAUCAUUUGGCAUUUACAGAUAAACCAAGUGUAUUUAGUGUAUUUAAAUAUCGUAGCAUACGAAUCAUACGAUACUUAAGAGAAACUAAUGUGUGAUAACCAAAUCUAUUGGAGCAUUUGUGGAAAUGUUUUAUUUUUUUUCCUUGAACAAUCUAACGAGUCGAGUGGUUAUUUGUAUGAAUCAUUGGUCUUUUAAAUAUUGUUUUAUACUGUAAAAUAAAUACAACGAUAUUGAAACUU